AUGACCUGUGCUCCCACCUCAGAUUUUUCGAAAAAUGUCAGGCGUAAAGCUUCACUUCCUCCAGGCGUCGCGCUGCAUUCGUGCGGCAUGGCAACUUCACGAGCUCGACGUGCCGUACGAGUUCACCUUCGCGGAGCGCAUCAAUGGCACUGGUCCUGCUCCGCCCGAGUUCAAGGAGAAAGCUAAAGGGCUAGGAAAAUUUCCUACGCUCGAGGACGGAUUGGAAACAUUCUAUGAAAGCGGCAAUAUCUGCGAAUAUCUCUGUGACAAGUACGACAAGCAAAACCGCCUACUCCCAGCUGUCGGCGACCCGAAACGGUACAAAGUGCUGCAAUGGGUGCACGCCUCGGAAGCGACCUUCAUGCUUCACGGUCUUGCCGUUCUCUACGCGAAGUGGAACCAGAAGGAUGGUGAUGUCGAGAAAACAGUCGCAGGCUUAAGCGUGAACAUCUGCAAGGACUUGGACUAUCUCGAAAGCGAGCUUGGCAAGAGUAGUGGCAAGUUCAUCGUCGGAGAUUCGCUCACGGCCGCGGAUAUCAUGAUGCAGUUCUCGGUGGACUUUGUGCUCGUGCGGGAGCUCGGAACGAAAGGAAAGAGCUGGCCGAAUGUCGACAAGUGGUUGGAACAGUGCAAGUCGACGCCGUCGUACCAGGAGGCCGUGAAGAAUACGGGCUAUAAGUUGUAG